AUGCGUCUUGGUAGAUAUCCCAUGCAACGGGCGGCGCCUUUAACUCCAGGAUACUGUUUCGUCGGCCGUGUCAAACGAAAUGGCUCCGGGUGCAACAAGUUCCAGAUUGGAGAUGCGGUUGCCGCCUUGACUGUGUACGACUCACAAUCGGAGCUGCUGAACCUCCCUGAAAGUAAAUUAAUCUCCGUACCUGAAGAUGUCGACUUACAGACAGCAUGUGCCUUGGUACUUGAUUGGGCGACGGCGUAUGGAAUGGUUUUCAAUACAGCCAAAGUAGCUAAAGAUCAGCGUGUCUUUGUCCAUGGCCUCAGCGGAGCGGUAGGACAAGCCAUCAUGUCUCUGUCUCAAGGACAAGGCGCAAUUGUAUAUGGAACUGCAUCGGAGCGAAAUCAUCCAGAUCUCAAGACCAUGGGCGUGCAUCCUUUCUCAUACAGGGAUAAGGCGUGGAUCAAGGAGAUGCAAACACUCGGUGGUGCACAUGCCGUCUUUGAUGCCCUUGGAUUUGAAAGCUUUGACGAGUCGUAUUCGAUUUUAUGUGACAAGGAGCCAGCUCGAUUAGUUGGGUAUGGGGCAAAUUUACCGUAUCUUGGUAGCAAUGAAGCUAAAUAUGGUUCGCCCAUACCGAGUGUUGUGAAAUUAUUGGCGAGGAAUAGCGCACUGUGGUGUAACCGGUCGACGAGGUUUUAUGACAUUAGCAAGGACAAGGAGUUUGAACAGAACUUGGGACAGCUUUUCAAGUUGGUGCAGCAGGGGAGGGUGAAUGUUCCUAUUAAGCAGGUUUGGGGGCUGGAUGAUAUUCGAGAGGCGCAUGGUAGCUGGGGGAAGGCACAGGGAAUGGGAUCGAUUUUGAUACGAAUCAGUCAUGAGUUGGCUGUGCCGUCUAUACGAGUGUCAGAUGCGGCUGGAGGGGGGAGUUAA